CACCCGUCUCCCUCCGCGCCAACCCACGCCCAACUCGUGCACCCCUGCAAAGCACCCAGCCUGCUGCAACCUUACCGUUGGACGAUUCACCCUUUCUCCGCCUCUCAUCGGCUGCCAUAUCGCCAUCUCAUGCAACUUUAUUCCACGUGGAGUAAGCAUCUAUCGAUUGCAUUCAAUUCCUUCAGACGAAACCUGUAGCAGAUCAUCCCAGUCUCUCUCGACCAAUUAAUGCAAACCCUAUCUAUCUCUUGAAAGCGGCUUACGAUCGAAUCAGAAGAAAAAUUGUCGAUGAAGCAAUCGAUGAUGGAAGUCGUUUUCCUGCUUCAGGAAAUUGAGCUCCUGGAAUUGAUAUCGGAGAUUGGAUCUGAUCUGAAAGCCAAAGAGCGGAACGGGUGACACUUUUAAGUUUCGUUUGUGGGUCCAAGGACUACCAUGCAUUAAAGCGUUGUAACAUUAUGAAACUUGGUGGAGCUCCCUUGGAUCAAUGCAUGAAGUUACUUACCACACAUCAUAAUUUGCAUUGGGCCUUGUCAAUGACAUUAAUAGACACAAUUUUUGGGCAGGUGGAUGAUGCACAGCCUCCAUAUGACAGCAGUGACCAUGCCUCAAAAAUGACUUCUGAUUAUAACAAGCAGUUCACAUCUGAUAUCCCAAAAUUAGAUGAUCGCGGUGGAAAAAUAGAGCAAGAUGUUAUGUUAGAUGCUAUAGAGGGAAAAGUUUGCAAAUCUAUAGAUCUAUCUCAAACUAAUAAUUUCAAUAAUGAGAGCGACAGCAGAGCCGCUCCAUGUCCUUAUGCUACUUCUGAAACCGGCUUGAAUGUCCAAGAAGAUAUGUUUUAUAUGGACAAAACUGUUACUGAUAUUGAACAACCACAUAUGGCAGCAUCUACCAAAGCUGCUCCUACUAUCAAGGACAUUUGUAUUGAUGAAGGCGUGCAAAUGUUUGAGAAAAAAUUUUCUUGCUGGAACUUUCCUAGAGUGAAUGGCAAUAGUGAGGAAACAAGAACAAAAGUAAACUCCGAAGAUUUGAAGCCCAUAUCAACUAAUGAAGGGCUUGGUUCUUUGGAGAAAAUUGUGGAAAGAAAUGUUGGAGAUAAAGAAACUCUUUUAGUUGCUGAAUAUCCGGUUAAACAAUGUCAUUGUAGCAGUGCAGUUAGUGAGAAGAAGUUAUUUGAUACAACAGAAACCACUUCAACCAUACCUUAUGAAGAGGUCAUUGACCAGAGAUCACACAUUUUAGAAGAUAUUAACACCAAUUUUCCUCGAGUGGAUUCAUCUAGCCAUAAUGAUGGCACUUCUGAGAAGCAAGAUCCGGGGCAAAAACUUGAUCAGGUCUCAGAAGAAGAGGAAGAUUUGACAACCAUGGCUGCUUCCUCUCCUGAUAAAGCUAAAGAAAGCAAGCCGAUUGCAGGAACAGUUUCUGGCGACAAGGAUCUAUUUGAAAAAGAGAAAACAUCACAAUUUGUUGUUAUUUCUAAUGAAACCAAAUCAGAUAGAAUUGAUAAUACCAGUGGGACUUCUGAUGAUCCCAAAAUUGAUGUUGUGACUCACACUUCUGAUUUGGGAGCUGGAGACCCAUCUAUCGUCGGCAACGAGAACAGAGUUGUAAACAACCAGCAGGGCCCCCAGUCUCAAAAUUAUGUUGAAAAUGAAGAUCCAGUAAGCGAUGGCGCAACCUCAGCUCGAAGUUCAUUUUCUCAACUUGCUCAUGGCGACAUGAAUCCGCUCGGACCUGCUAAUUUUUCUGGCUCAAUAACGGCUAGUCAUACUCAGCAGUCUGGGAACAUAUCCCUUCGGUCUGAGAGCAGCACAACCAGUGGCCAGUCCUUUGCCUUUCCAGUACUCCAACCUGAGUGGAGCAGUAGCCCUGUAAGAAUGGCGAAAGCUGACCGCAGACAUUUGAGAAAGCACCGAUGGAGAACGGCUCUUACAUGCUGUAAAUUCUGAUUGCAGAUUCUGUCUUCAUUAUUUAAGCAAGUUGGUCAAAUUUUCAUUAGUAUUAAGUGAUUUGGAAGAAAAUUUUAUGUUUUUUUUUUUCUCUUUUUUUGUCUCGUCUCUAUAUUUAGCUUAAGCAGCUGGUGGCUGUGCCAUUGAAAUAUAGUAUUGUUUGUGUAGAAUAAUCGGUUUCCUGGUUGUAUACUUAUUGGUUUGGGA